AUGAACAGCGGCACUACUGUUGCGGCGGCGGCGGCGGCCUCUUCAUCAGCCUACGGUGACGACCAACACACUUAUCAUCAGUGGGUUCAUAACAAUGGUGGCGGAUUGUACGCCGGCGGGAGUACUGAUACUAAUACUAGUCUUUCCACCAAUACUGGUAAAAAGCCCAUAAGGAGGAGGUCUCGGGUGUCAAAGAAGACCCCGAUCACGCUCCUCAACGCCGACCCGGCCAGCUUCCGAUCCCUAGUCCAGCAGUUCACCGGCUGCCCUCACCCCCGGCCCACCUCCUCCAUUUCCUUCGACCAGACCGCGCCGCUCCAGGCCCACGGCCCGCUCAACUUGGACUUCCAGCUCGGCACGGUCCAGCCCAGUAUUAUGCAGCAGCAGGGGCGGAGCAUGGGGACAAGUACUAAUCACGCCCAUGAUUAUGAAGACGGCGAUACGAUUAUGAGGAUGGUGGGGGGACAUAAUAAUCUGGACAUGGUGCAGGAGUUGUUGAUGGUUGACCAACACCACGACUUUGGGUUCUUCCAGUGA